GUCGCGCGUACCCGCCACCCCCGCGGGGUCCGAAGCCGAGGCCGUGGACCCCGCGGGACCUCCGGUGCCGACAAGUGCAACCGUGCGCGGCGAGUGCGGAGAACCCGCAGCCACGCGAGUGGGCGGCGCGAUGUUCCCCUCGCGCCUUCUUCGCGCGCCCUUCGCGCGUUCAUCUUACGAUAUUCCGCCCUCCGGGAUUUUCAGGGAAAGGAGAGAGUGAUUCCGAAGGGCUACGCGCUCUCACCGCCGCAGAGUGGGGAAGGAGAUCUUGGUCCUCUCGACUCCUUGAGCGGAAAACGGCGUCGUCUCGACGCGGCUGAUAGUCUUCGUUGAGAUGCGUUAACGGGUGGUGCAAAAGACGAUUUGCUCUUAUCGGUCCCGCGAGAAGAAGUGUUGUUUGUUCGUCCGACGGGGUUCGUUCGAUCGCUAUCGCACGCGUGCCGUUAAGAGAGAGGGAAAGAGAAAAAGAAAAACAGCUCCCGAGCGGAAAAGACCGGCGCGAUAAGCGGCCCGUGAUCGGCGUGUACAUGUUGAUACGUUGAUACUGGAGUAAGCCGCUUUUCUCUGACGUUCCUCUCCAAUUUCGCGCUAUCUCUUGUUUCUAGGAGGAAAAUGAGGCACACGACCGGACAUCUCUUUUAGCGAUUGGAUACACUAAUGCGAACUGGUGCAUAUUAAAUUAUCGUAAAUUGACAUAAAGCAUACGCAUAAUAUAUAAGCAAAUUGAAUCUGCAAGAAGUUUCGUACGGUUUAUUAUUUUAUUAGGAUUAUUUUUAGCGGAACGCAUGUCGGGUAUUUCGAAGUGUUCUAUGUUAUACUGUUUUUACAAUUAAGAAGAUUGAAGUGUACAGUGCGUAUUAAUGUAUCCAAUUCGCUAUUUGUUUACGACGAAUUUAACAGAGCAAAUAAUCACAUCGAUGUUAUGAAAGAAGUCUGAUGUUUGCGGUGACGUUUUCUGACGAAAGAAAAAUCCAAGAUUUCAUUAUUGUGCUCCGUGUCUGAUUGCGUUUCUCAUUUUCCCCUAGCAAUAAUACCGCAGGUUUAGAAGUAAAAUAUUUUAAUUUAUCGAUUAUAUAAGUGAACGAAAAUUGAGGAAGGUCGAAAUUAUCGUGAAUAUCGCAUGCAUUUCCGGUGGAGAACAAGUCACAACUGUUGAGAGUCGAUUUUUCCGGAAAUUGUGAAAUUCUAAGAAAGGAGAGAGAAAUUACUUAUUAUUAUUUCAACUUGUGCAACACUGAUCAAAGGCGAAGAAGUUACUUUUGUUAAAGUUGAAGAUGUUUCUCCGGCAAAAUUACGCUAGUUUGGUUGCAGUUGUGACUUUUUUUUAGAUGUGUAAUAUAAAAAGUAAAUAUGUAGAUAUCUGAGAUGUGGAGUUUACUCGCUGUUAAAAAUCUCGACUUUUUAUUGACAUGAAGACCAUGUGUUUUGCUUUAAUUAAUUAAAAAAUUUUAACUUUAUCGUUUGAUAAGCUACACAUUUAUUUGAUUUAAUUAUAUACGUUCCCUCGUUUCAUUUAAUUAUUACCGAUAGAUUUAAAUGCCAUGUUGAUUUAUCGGGCAUCGUAUAAACGCAUGAUUAAUUACUAUGGAGAUUUGAGUAAAUCUCUAUAAAAAGAGUGGUCCGAGACGAGGGAGCGGCGCACGCGAAUUCGCGAGCCCGCUCACGUCAUCAUUAUCAUCGCAGCGAUAUCGCGGAGGCUUCGCCUAGGUUCGGUUAUCUCCACCGUCUUACGUAGCAAAUGCGACAGCCCUGAUAUUCGGGCAAAAAGUGCGCGGAGAGUGAGAUAACGCCGAGAGAGAGACGCUCUCGGCUUUCUCAAUCCGCUCGCGCGUGACGUUACAAAAUCCUCCGCGCGCGUUUCGCAAUUUAAUCGCGUGCGUGCAGCGGCGACUAACGCGCGACUAUUAUCGUUAUGAUUGACGGCAGGCUGCCGGCCGCGUCGAGCCCGGACCGACGACGCAUCGGGAGAUGCAUCUCGAGGAUUACCACGGCGAGAGGGGCGACGAGGACGACGCGCGGCGCCUCGACCAGGUGGACGACUUCGCCGUCGACGACGGCUCCCUGCCCGACCUGGCGUCCAUGGCAAUGACCAGCAUGAUGGGCCCCGAUGUCGCUCAGCCGCAUUGCUGGACGACAAUCGGCUCGCAGACGGACGGCGGCUUUUUCUCGCCGCUCGACCCGGGCGCGGAUUCGCGGGACUACCUCGAUUGGGAUCAGGUACCCAUCGUCUUUCAGUACCCCGCGCAGUAUCCCUCCGCCGGAAGCGGAUCGCCAGGAAGCACGUGCAGCGAGGCGACUACGCCGACCUGGAGCAGUGCGGCGACGACGGCGGAUCAUGGAUCCGAUGACAAAUCAGACUGCCAGAAGUUGCCGCCGGUGGGAUCGGCCUUCUCCUUCUCGCGUACCUUUUGCAACACGAUUUAUCCGGAGUACGGCGGUGCGGAGGACCCGCAGGCCGGUUACCAGGACUAUCAGGACUGCCAGGAGGACGUGGUGUCGUUGCUGAUGAGUAUACAGAACGAUGUCGCUGCGCAGAACUACAGCGGCUCCUCCAUCGCCGACGAGUUCGACCUGAGUCUCAUCAGGGGCGAUCCGACGUCGCUGCUGAACGUCGUCGACUCGUCGUCGUCGGCGACCUGCCUCGGGACGAGCGACGAUCAGCAGGAAUCAUUCCAGAACUUUAAUCCGCCGUAUUACGCGGUCGGGCAUCUGGUUUCUUCGCAGCAGCAGCAACAGCCGAUGAUCAGUUUUGCCGACGAGGUCGUCGGCGCGACGGAAAGCUUCGGCAAUCAGGUGAUACUGCCGCGGAACGAGGGUCUGCUGCUCGGCAAUCGGCGCAUCGCCGGGUCGAAAGUCGCGGAGAAGAAUGAUAAGACCUACGAUUGCGCGAAACCAGUGGACGAUAACUUCUCAUCGGCUUAUCAGUGUCGUUGGAUCGACUGUGGUUGUGCGUUCGCGGAGCAAGAGGGCUUGGUGCGGCACAUCGAGAGGCGGCACGUGGAAUCGUCCUCGGCGAACGCGCACGGCCACGGUAGACGAAUGCAGCGCGAUCGGGACAAGGAGCGAGACGGCAAGGAGGCGGCAGACGGUUUUCUCGGCGCCGCGACCGCACCGACGACGAGCCGCGAGGACGAAUUCGCCUGCCUUUGGCAGGGAUGUCCGCGCGCGCGACCCUUCAACGCGAGAUACAAAUUGCUCAUUCACAUGAGGGUGCACACGCAAGAGAAACCGAACAAAUGCCCGUUCGCGGGUUGCAAGAAGGCCUUUAGUCGUCUGGAGAACUUAAAAAUUCACCAACGGUCGCACACAGGCGAGAGGCCUUACGCGUGCCAACACAACGGUUGCUCAAAGGCAUUUAGCAACAGCAGCGAUCGAGCCAAGCAUCAAAGGACACACUAUGACAGAAAACCAUACGCUUGUCAGGUGAGCGGCUGCGGCAAACGUUACACGGACCCGUCGAGUCUCAGGAAGCACUUGAAGAAUCAUACGGAGAAUCCCGGUUCAUUGUCCAGUCUAUUGACAUCGUCGGACAAAGUGUCAAUGACCAUUACGACAACAAGCGCGACCGGAAAUGGAUUAUUAAAUUCGACGGUAUCGCACGGGCAAAGCCGAGACAUGUGCUCUUUCGACGUGGAAACGAAUCAACCGUUAUACAAGCCGUUUAAAAGCUACGUCAAAGAGGAAACGUUGCCGCGCAAUACGUGCCAGCCAAGUAAAAUAUCUGUGAACUUCGGCAGCAGUCAGCAAGAGUACGUGCCGAUUGAGUCGGUUCGCCAUCUGCUCAUUAAUGACGUCGCGCAAAGCGAAAGUACAGGAUACUGCGCGCCCGCAGAGGACGACGUGCCGGAUUUCCACGAGCUCGACGCCGACAUCGAGCGGCAAUUCCACGAGCUGAGCGCCCUGAACGAUGCUAUUUUUAUCGACGGAUAAAACUUUCCUCGGCGGGAGAAUCCUUUUUUCCCCCGCAAAGGCGAAACAGGAUAAAUGCAUCGGUGAAUGAGCGGCCGAAAAAGACAGAUAAGCUACCUGAGGUACGGCUGUCGCUGGGUUUCGAGCGGACAUUACACAACCGACCAGCUUGACCGUCAGUCGCUGAUGAU